CUGCCCCGGGAAGGGGAGGAGGCUGGCGGCACUCCCAGCCCGGCCGGCAUCCCUCCCCGCCGGCUGCGAUGCUCAGUCCCGGCUCAGCCUUGGCAGCGGCGCAGGCAGGGAGGGCACACGAGCCUGCAGAGGACAUGGACGAGAACAACCGGACGGAGAGCUGGCACCAAAGCCUGCAGGCAGUGCUGGACGCCUUAAACCAGACCCUGCACGGGGCCAUCCCCUGCCCCGGCCAGGCCCCGGCCAGCACGGCGGGGGCCACGCGAGGUGACCGCGCCGGCCACGCCGGCCGCAACGACAACGCCUACAUGUACAUCCUGUUCGUCAUGACGCUCUUCGCCGCCACCGUGGGCAGCCUCAUCCUGGGCUACACCCGCUCCCGCAAGGUGGACAAGCGCAGCGACCCCUACCACGUCUACAUCAAGAACAGGGUCUCCAUGAUCUGAGCCUGCCCCGCGCCUUGUCCCCAGAGCUGCUUGGGGUCACCGUGCUGGGCACACCCUGCUCGCUGCGGGAUGUGACAGUGCUGCUGGCCCCAAAGCUCCUGGGAACCUCCUAAAGCUGCUGAGAACCCCCCAAGGCUGCUGAGAACCCUCCAAAGCUGCUGGGAACCCCCACCAUGGAAAAGCCCAGUCCUGGUGGAGCAGUGCUGGGAUGUCCUGGCUGGCAGGAGCUGGAAGAGUGUGACCUGCAAGCAGAUCCUGCUCCUGCAGAGCCACCCCGGCUCCCCCGUGGGCUCCUUUCCCACCGUGGCCUUUGGGGGCUGGCAGGAGCCUUCAAGGAGAAUAUUUCCCCAUUUCCCUACUCAGAUCAGCCAGCGCUGACCUCCCUGGGCUCCCAGCAGCUGUGGCAGUGGUUAGCGGGUUUGUCUGGUGCUGAAACCCUGUAAUGUUUGAGCUGGGCUGGGCUCUGCUUCCCUAGCAGGGAAUUAAAGGAGGUG